GCUGGAGCUGGCGGAGUGUCAGAGGCGGCGGCGGGAGGCGGGCGGCAGCAGCAUCUCCGAAGAAGCAGCGGCAUCGGCACCGGCUCCCGGCGCAGCCCCGCCGGGCCCAGGUGCUGAAGGCUCCAGUAGGGCGGCAGACCCCCUGCCACCACCACGCUGCUCCGUCCUCGAUGCCGGGGCCCUGGCUGCCCUCACCUUAACGGGCAGUGCUGGGUGACAUGGGGCGUGCGGAUCCCCAGCCAGCACCAGCACACCCCAUGGCGGUCCCCAUUGCUGCCUGGCUCUGGCUGAUGCACCUGGCCUCCUGCCUGGCUGCUGGGCACGGCUCCAGCCACAGCAAGAAGGAGAUCAGCACUGAAGGGGACCUGGUCAUCGGGGGGCUCUUCCCCAUCCAUGAGAAAGGAGUGGGGAGCGAAGACUGUGGCAAAAUCAAUGAGCACCGGGGCAUCCAGCGCCUCGAGGCCAUGCUCUUUGCACUGGAUGAGAUCAACAAGGACCCAAGCAUCCUGCCGGGGGUGAGACUGGGUGCCCACAUCCUGGACACCUGCUCCAAGGACACCUAUGCUCUUGAGCAGUCGCUCGACUUCGUCCGCGCAUCCCUGACCAGAGUGGACGGCUCCGAGCACAUCUGCCCCGAUGGCUCCUAUGCUGUCCAUGAUGACGUGCCCACAGCCAUCACUGGUGUCAUCGGGGGUUCCUACAGCGAUGUUUCCAUCCAGGUCGCCAACCUGCUGCGGCUCUUCCAGAUCCCGCAGAUCAGCUACGCCUCCACCAGUGCCAAACUCAGCGACAAGUCUCGCUAUGACUACUUCGCCCGCACCGUCCCGCCUGACUUCUACCAAGCCAAAGCCAUGUCGGAGAUCCUCCGCUUUUUCAACUGGACCUACGUCUCCACGGUGGCCUCAGAGGGCGACUACGGCGAGACGGGCAUUGAAGCUUUUGAGCAAGAAGCCCGCAUGCGCAACAUCUGCAUCGCCACCUCGGAGAAGGUGGGACGCUCCAUGAACAAGAAGACCUACGACGGCGCGGUGCGGGCGCUGCUGCAGAAGCCCAAUGCCAAGGUGGUCGUGCUCUUCACACGCAGUGAGGACGCCCGGGAGCUGCUGGCAGCCGCCCACAGAGCCAAUGUCUCCUUCAUAUGGGUGGCCAGCGAUGGGUGGGGAGCCCUGGAGAGCGUGGUGGCGGGGAGCGAGGCGGUGGCAGAGGGAGCCAUCACCAUCGAGCUGGCAGCGUACCCCAUCCAGGAGUUCGCCGCAUACUUCCUCAACCUCCAUCCCUACAAUAACAGCCGAAAUCCCUGGUUUCGGGAGUUUUGGGAGCAAAAGUUCAAGUGCAGCCUUCACAUGCAGGACUGCAGCCGGCACUCCCUAAAGACGGGAAAGUUUGAGCCAGAGUCCAAGAUCACCUUUGUGGUCAAUGCGGUCUACGCCAUGGCUCACUCGCUUCACAACAUGCACCGGGCGCUGUGCCCCAACACCACCAAGCUCUGCGACUCCAUGAAGCCUGUCAAUGGCAAGAGGUUCUACAAGGACUUCAUGCUCAAUGUUAAUUUUGAUGCUCCAUUCAGGCCAGCAGACACUGAGAGCGUUGUUCGAUUUGACCGCUACGGUGACGGGAUUGGGCGCUACAAUAUCUUCAACUAUCACCGCAUGGAUGGGCGGUACCGGUACCAGAAGGUGGGCUACUGGGCCGAGGGGCUCAUCCUCAACACCAGCCUCAUCCCCUGGGCAGAGGUGUCCAUCCCAGUGUCCCAGUGCAGUGAUCCAUGCAAGAAGAACGAGAUCAAAAGCAUGCAACCAGGAGACAUCUGCUGCUGGAUCUGCAUCCCCUGCCAGCCCUACGAGUUCCUGCUGGAUGAGUUCACCUGCAUGGACUGUGGUUUGGGUUACUGGCCCAAUGAGACCCUGAAUGGCUGCUACGAGUUGCCCCAGGAGUACAUCCGUUGGAAAGAUGUCUGGGCCAUCGGUCCCGUCACCAUCUCUUGCUUGGGAUUUAUCUCCACUCUCUUUGUUUUUGGUGUCUUCAUGAAGAACAAUGACACUCCCAUUGUGAAGGCCUCUGGACGGGAGCUCUGUUACAUUCUCUUGACCGGGGUCCUCAUGUGCUACAGCAUGACCUUCAUCUUCAUUGCAAAGCCUUCCACCGAGGUGUGCACGCUCCGGCGCCUGGGGCUGGGCACAUCUUUUGCUGUCUGCUAUUCGGCCCUCUUGACCAAGACAAAUCGCAUCGCCAGGAUCUUCAGCGGGGUGAAGGAGGGGGUCCAGCGCCCUCGCUUCAUCAGCCCCACAUCACAGGUGGUCAUCUGCAUGGCCCUCAUCUCCUGCCAGCUGAUCAUCGUCAUCAUCUGGCUCCUGGUGGAGACCCCUGGUACAGGCAAGGAGACCGAGCCUGACAAGAGGUACAUUGUCACCCUCAAGUGCAACAACCGUGACUCCAACAUGCUCAUUUCGCUCACCUACAACGUCCUCUUGAUUGUCCUGUGCACGGUCUACGCCUUCAAGACACGGAAAUGCCCUGAAAACUUCAAUGAGGCCAAGUUCAUUGGCUUCACCAUGUACACGACCUGCAUCAUCUGGCUGGCCUUCCUGCCCAUCUUUUAUGUGACCUCCAGCGACUACCGAGUGCAGACCACCACCAUGUGCAUCUCAGUGAGCCUCAGCGGCACGGUGGUCCUCGGCUGCCUCUUCACUCCCAAGCUCCACAUCAUCCUCUUCCAGCCACAGAAGAAUGUGGCCAGCCACCGCGUGGGCACGGCGCGCUUCAGCAUGGCGGCCGCUGGCUCCAGCCAGUCCCACGGCUCGGCCUCACAGUACGUGCCCACAGUGUGCAAUGGCCGCGAGGCGGUAGACUCCACGAUGUCGUCCUUGUGAAGGCUGGGGGGAGGCCAUGCCCCAGCCCAUCCCUUCACAGGGAGCAGC